AUGUCCACAGAAAAUCAGAACGUGGAAGAAAGGCUUGUCUUUGAGACUGCACUCAGGCACUUCAAAAGACAUAAAGUGGAGAUUUCAACUGCAAUUAAAAAGACAUUUCCUUUCUUAGAAGGCCUUCGUGACCGCGAACUCAUCACCAAUAAAAUGUAUGAAGACUGUCAAGAUUCUUGUAGAAACCUGGUCCCUGUACCAAAAGUGGUGUACAAUGUUCUCAGUAAGCUGGAGAAGACAUUUAACCUGUCGCUUCUGGAAGCAUUGUUCAGCGACGUCAACAUGCAGGAAUAUCCUGAUUUAAAUCAUGUUCGCAAAAGCUUUGAAAAUGCAAUCCAAGAGAAACUUAGUUAUGAAGAAACUGAUGGAGAAGAGAGGGAGGAGAGGCCUGCCAUCCAACUGAGCCUUGAGCAAGGUACAGCCUCCCCUGAAAAUAGACUCUCAGAUUACCUCAGUGAAACAGAAGAGAUAAAUACAAAGAGGAAUGAUACACCCAGCAACCAGAACGAUGCACUGGAAAGCCAACAAGCAAAUGAACAAUGUGACCAAGAAUCUGAACCAGCAGAGUUCUGUGAACCAGCACCUAUCCAAUCAAAUGAUGCAGAUGCCGGGGAGGAGACACCCGACCCAUUGCCUUCUAACAAAGAAAGAGCAAAGGCAUCCAACUAUGGACUACAAAUCAAUUCCUGUUCUGUCCAUCUAGUGGAUAUAAAGAAGGAAAAGCCAUUUUUUAACUCAGAAGUUCGACUGCGAGCCCAAGCAAGGACUGGCUAUAACCGAGUAUCUGACAUAAUAGUGAUCAGCAGUGAGGACUCUGCAGAAUCCAGUGAUGGAGACGAGUUCCCAGAACCCUCCACGUCAACACCAAGGAUAACUGAUCCAUCAGCCAUUGGAAGCACGUCUAUCUUCAGAACGAGCAGUAGGAAGAGACGGAUGAGCGGUGGUGACUCUUCAGACUUGAGUAACGAAGGAGAGCCUCAGGCAACAUCUAGUUCAGCCCUAAGAGAUGGGUCAGCAAAAACAAUUACCACAAUGAUGAAGUGCUCCUGUGUCAUGUAUUCUUCAAAGAGUGUUCCAAGAGGCCAAGAAGCAAUGACUGAAAGUCACCAAGCAUUGAUAGGAUGGAAAAAACCCCUAACUCCUUAUCAAGGGAUAGAAACAGUCUGCACUGAGUCUUUGAAAAGAGGCAGAAAAAGAGGUCCAAGAGUUCCCAGAGAUACAAAUAUGGAUUUUCAACGUGAUCAGCUUCCCGUGACUUGUGGUGAAGCGAAGGGAAUUUUAUAUAAGGAGAAAAUGAAAAAAGGCUCCUCAGAAAAGUGUAUAAAGGAUAAAAAUGGAAAGUGGUUCACCCUCAAGGAGUUUGAAGAUGAAGGAGGCCACAAAGCCUCCAAGAACUGGAAGCAGAGUGUGCGCUGCGGGGGAUGGCCCCUGAAAAACUUGAUUCAGAAAGGGUUCCUACCAAACCCACCAAGAAAAAGGAAAAAGCGAGAAGACUCAAAUAAAUGCGAGGUGUGCAGCAGAGAGAAAGAGCUGUUAUCCUGUGAUACGUGUCCAAGAUUCUUUCAUGGGAACUGCCACAUUCCACCUAAACUUGCUACCAAGAACCCAUGGAGUUGCAUCUUCUGCCAGAUAAAGGAUCUUAAAAAAUGUUGCCCAGAAAGCCAGCCAAUUUAUCAGGAAUCUGAGAUCUUGCAGAAGCGGAUGCUGCCUAGAGAGCAGUUGAAAUGUGAGUUUCUCCUCUUGAAGGUCUAUUGCUCUCCGAAAAGCUCCUUUUUUGUCUCAGAACCACAUUAUACUAGAGACACUUCUCAGGACCUUGAGGAGCCCAUGUGGUUAGAUAAAAUCAAGCACAAGCUGACGAUGACCUUGUACUACCAAGUGUGGGACUUUGUGCGGGACAUGCGUCUCAUUUUCCAGAACCACAAGGUAGUUUACGAGAACAAUAAAUUCAGCAAUCUGGGACUUCAACUAGAGGCUCAAUUUGAGAAUGAUUUCAAAGACAUUUUUGGCAUCCAGGAAAUAAGUACAAACAGCACUUAG